GGACUGGAGGCGCCCGCCGCCGUGGACCGGCUCCGCGGGCUGGCCUGUGGUGCAGGAAGAGGGGCUGGGGCCCCGCAAGCAGCACCAGGAGAAAGGGGGAGGCAGCCCCGCAGUGCAGGAGCGGGGGGAGGCUCGCACCGGGGUGCAGGAGCAGGGGGAGGGGAGCCCACGCAGGCUGCUACAGCAGCCCGAGCAGCUGUCCGAGCUCGGGGACGGCCUCUGGGAGAGAAGAGACGAGUUCGAAAGUUCCGAGGAGCUGGGGGAGCAGUACUGGGAGAGCUGCGGGCACCUCAGAGGGGAGGCAGAGGUCCUGGGAGCGGCCCCGGCACGCCGCAAGAGACUCGAACUGGUGGGGAGGGCCCGGCCAGUGGGGCCCCAGGGGCCUGAGGGAGAGGGGCGCCUGGGGGUGCAGGAAGCAAAUUGGCUACCCGGGGUGCAGGAAGGGCAGGUGGUGCGGGCUGUCCAGGAAACAUACCUGGACGGGAAAGGGUCCCAGGAGGGAGAGGGGCCCCUGGAGAGACACAGGAUCCGGAGGCGCAGGCGGAGGAGGAGGUGGUAACUCACAGGCCGGCUGCUCAGCACCAGCAUCGGGCCGGGCCAGGGCCGUGAACCUGAAAUUCAGGAGCUGAGACCACUGCCCACCCCCACCUCCUCGGGCCAGAGCCCCGGUGACCUGGUCAGGGGGUCCAGCUCCGUGGAGAUGCCAGCAGCUCGUCGGUUCCCUGGCCUAGAGCUCUCCUUCCCUCUUCUGGCCAGACUCCGGCGGAGACUCUACACAAGGCUGGGGAGCAGCAGCAUGCAGCCGGAGGAGGGCACAGGCUGGCUGCUGGAGCUGCUGUCCGAGGUGCAGCUGCAGCAAUAUUUCCUGCGGCUCCGCGACGACCUCAACGUUACCCGCCUGUCCCACUUUGAGUAUGUCAAGAAUGAGGACCUGGAGAAGAUUGGCAUGGGCCGGCCUGGCCAGCGGCGGCUGUGGGAGGCUGUGAAGAGGAGGAAGGCCGUGUGCAAGCGCAAGUCCUGGAUGAGCAAGGUGUUCAGUGGAAAGCGGCUGGAGGCUGAGUUCCCCCCUCAUCACUCUCAGAGCACCUUCCGGAAGACCUCACCCACCCCCGGAGGCCCAGCAGUGGAGGGAUCCCUGCAGAGCCUCACCUGCCUCAUUGGGGAGAAGGACCUGCAUCUCUUUGAGAAGCUGGGAGAUGGCUCCUUCGGCGUGGUGCGCAGGGGCGAGUGGGACGCGCCCUCAGGGAAGACGGUGAGUGUGGCUGUGAAGUGCCUGAAGCCUGAUGUGCUGAGCCAGCCAGAGGCCAUGGACGACUUCAUCCGGGAGGUCAAUGCCAUGCACUCGCUUGACCACCGAAACCUCAUUCGCCUCUACGGUGUGGUGCUCACGCCGCCCAUGAAGAUGGUGACAGAGCUGGCACCUCUGGGAUCGUUGUUGGACCGGCUGCGCAAGCACCAGGGCCACUUCCUCCUGGGUACCCUGAGCCGCUACGCUGUGCAGGUGGCUGAGGGCAUGGGCUACCUGGAGUCCAAGCGCUUUAUUCACCGUGACCUGGCCGCCCGCAAUCUGCUGUUGGCCACCCGUGACCUGGUCAAGAUCGGGGACUUCGGGCUGAUGCGAGCACUACCCCAGAAUGACGACCACUACGUCAUGCAGGAGCAUCGCAAGGUGCCCUUUGCCUGGUGUGCCCCUGAGAGCCUGAAGACUCGCACCUUCUCCCAUGCCAGCGACACCUGGAUGUUUGGGGUCACGCUGUGGGAGAUGUUCACCUAUGGCCAGGAGCCCUGGAUUGGCCUCAAUGGCAGUCAGAUCCUGCAUAAGAUUGACAAGGAGGGGGAGCGUCUGCCCCGGCCCGAGGACUGCCCCCAGGACAUCUACAAUGUCAUGGUUCAGUGCUGGGCUCACAAGCCAGAGGACAGACCCACCUUUGUGGCCCUGAGGGACUUCCUGCUGGAGGCCCAGCCCACUGACAUGCGGGCCCUUCAGGACUUUGAGGAACCAGACAAGCUGCACAUCCAGAUGAACGAUGUCAUCACCGUCAUUGAGGGGAGGGCUGAGAAUUACUGGUGGCGCGGGCAGAACACACGGACGCUGUGCGUGGGGCCCUUCCCUCGCAACGUGGUGACCUCUGUGGCCGGCCUGUCGGCCCAGGACAUCAGCCAGCCCCUGCAGAACAGCUUCAUUCACACAGGGCAUGGCGACAGCGACCCCCGGCACUGCUGGGGCUUCCCUGACAGGAUUGAUGAACUGUAUCUGGGAAACCCCAUGGACCCUCCCGACCUGCUGAGUGUGGAACUGAGCACCUCCAGACCCACCCAGCAUCUGGGCAGGGUGAAAAGGGAGCCUCCACCUCGCCCUCCUCAGCCUGCCAUCUUCACUCAGAGUAAGUGGGGCUGCUCUUGGUGCCUUGGCCCCCGCCCCCGCCCCCUCUCUCCUCUCAUUUCUCUCCUCCUGGAAGAACCAACCUACGACCCUGUGAGUGAGGACCAAGACCCCCUGUCCAGCGACUUCAAGAGGCUGGGCCUGCGGAAGCCAGGACUGCCCCGUGGGCUGUGGCUCGCGAAGCCCUCGGCCCGGGUGCCGGGCACCAAAGCGGGCCGCGGGAGCAGUGAGGUCACGCUCAUCGACUUUGGUGAGGAGCCCGUGGUCCCGGCCCCGCAGCCCUGUGCGCCCUCACUGGCGCAGCUGGCCAUGGAUGCCUGCUCCUUGCUGGACAAGACCCCGCCGCAGAGCCCCUCACGGGCGCUGCCCCGGCCCCUGCAUCCCACGCCGGUGGUGGACUGGGAUGCGCGCCCGCUGCCCCCGCCUCCUGCCUACGACGACGUGGCCCAGGAUGAGGAUGACCUUGAGGUCUGCUCCAUCAACAGCACCCUAGUGAGUGCAGGGGUCUCUGCUGGGCCCAGCCAGGGCGAGACCAAUUACGCCUUUGUGCCUGAGCCGGCGCGGCUCUUCCCUCCCCUGGAGGACAACCUGUUCCUCCCGCCUCAGGGUGGGGGCAAGCCGCCCAACUCAGCGCAGACCGCAGAGAUCUUCCAGGCGCUGCAGCAGGAGUGCAUGCGGCAGCUACAGGUCCCGGCCGGCUCUCUGGUCCCCUCGCCCAGCCCGGUGGGCGACGACAAGCCCCAGGUGCCCCCCCGUGUGCCCAUCCCCCCGAGGCCCACGCGCCCACGUGGGGAGCUGUCUCCAGCCCCCUCGGGCGAGGAGGAGAUGGGGCGGUGGCCUGGACCUGCCUCCCCUCCCCGGGUACCACCCCGGGAGCCCCUGUCCCCACAAGGCUCCAGGACCCCCAGCCCCUUGGUGCCACGCGGCAGCUCCCCGCUGCCACCCCGGCUCUCCAGCUCACCUGGGAAGACCAUGCCCACCACCCAGAGCUUCGCCUCAGACCCCAAGUAUGCCACACCCCAGGUGAUCCAGGCACCUGGCCCCCGGGCUGGCCCCUGCAUCUUACCCAUUGUCCGCGAUGGCAAGAAGGUCAGCAACACCCACUACUACCUGCUGCCUGAGCGCCCACCCUACCUGGAGCGCUACCAGCGCUUCCUACGUGAGACCCGGAGCCCCGAAGAGCCGGCCCCCAUGCCUGUGCCCCUGCUGCUGCCCCCUCCCGGCAUCCCAGCUCCUGCUGCCCCCACUGCCACCGUUCGACCAAUGCCUCAGGCUGCCCCAGACCCCAAGGCUAACUUCUCCACCAACACCAGCAACUCAGGGGCCCAGCCGCCAGCCCUGAGGGCCACUGCUCGGCUGCCACAGAGGGGCUGCCCCGGGGACGGGCCAGAGGCUGGAAGGCCAGCAGACAAGAUCCAGAUGCUGCAGGCCAUGGUGCAUGGGGUGACCACAGAGGAGUGCCAGGCGGCCCUGCAGAGCCACAGCUGGAGCGUGCAGAGGGCUGCCCAGUAUCUGAAGGUGGAGCAGCUCUUUGGUUUGGGUCUGCGGCCGCGAGGCGAGUGCCACAAAGUGCUGGAGAUGUUCGACUGGAACUUGGAGCAGGCUGGCUGCCACCUGCUGGGCUCCUGCGGCCCAGCCCACCACAAGCGCUGAGAUGUCUGGAGACCCAGAGGAUCUGCCCUGAAGGAAUCAUUUGAGCCUGUCCAUCUGACGAGGGUGGGGAGAUGCCCUGCCAGGCCUGGAGGACCUGCUGCACCUGCUGCUCCCAGUGGCAGAGCGAGGCCAAGGCAGCAGGAGGCUGGGAGCCCCGCCUUGCCUGUCCCUCCCUCACCCAGCGCUGUCCCUGCAACUUCGGAGCUCUCAGUGCACCCAGCCGAGGUGCAGGAGGGAGCCUCUUGAAGGCAGGCCUGGGGGCGGCCUCAGCAGGCCCUGUGGCUGACCUGCCUCUGGCUUCAGUCCCUGGUGGGGCCUGUAGCUGAAAUGUGUUGCCAGGCCCUGCCGGCGGGGAAGCCAGGCUUGACCCCGGGCAGGGAGGAUGUGUUGGCCGUGCAGAAAGGUGGAACAGCACCCAGGGUGUGGGGCGGCGGCCCUCCCCAGGGAGCCCCUGGCGGCAGUUGACGUGUCGGACAGAAUGUGACUUGUGGCCUCACCAUGGACAUGUUAAGGGACUUGGCUGGUGUUAGGAUCUUGUGCCUGGAAAUAGCCUGAGGUGGCUCAGGUAGCAGAGCUAGGGUGCCAGAUCGUUCUCUGGCAGGGACCAGGGCCCAAGGCCCCAGGGUUGGAAGGAGACCAAGGGGGCAGCUGCCCUGGAGGGACACCAGUGCUUCCUCUUUGACCCAGCUCUUCCCCUGUGCUGUUCUUUGUUUUCCCACCAGCCUCUUGCCAAAGUUGCUGCCCCGGCUAUGAAUAUCUGCUUCUUCCAGAGAAAUAAAGUUAGUUUCUAUUUUAUGUUA